AUCCUUCGCCAAAGUGGGUGUUUCAAAGCCUCUCUCUCCUCUCAAUUCUCCACCUUCACCACCUUCUCUCUCUCGUAACUCAUUAGCACACACAUGAACAAAGUCUACCUUGUACUAUAGAAUCCGAAGAACGUUUGUUGCCUUUUUCUGUUCUCCCUCUUCUUAAUUUCUUAGAUAUAUUCUCAUCACUCCAUUUAGCUUCAUCCACCCCAUCUUGUUAUGUUAUCAACUAAUUUGAAUUUCCCUUCCUCUUCUUAAUCUUCUUCAAAUUCCAACCCCUCCCUUAAUCUUAUGCUUUCUAGAUUCCUGUCGUUUUGCUUCAUGGACGUUUCGUCUAAUCUUGAAGGUUUUUCCCAUGAGGAGAAACAUGUGAACGACACCUUGGAUACAGAAUUCAAUUUAUUGGUAAGGCAAGGUUCAACCCGAGAAGAGAACGAACUUAGACCGAAACAACAAUUGGUGCAAGAACGUGAUGAUGACAAAGAACAAGAAGAUCAUGAAGUAGAUUUACAACAACAACAAAACCUUGCCGUUCCAGUGCUGUCCGCAGCUUAUUUGGGUUUGAAGCUCAAGAUUCCAUCGUUGGGGGAGGAGGAGAGAGAGAAGGACGACUCAUCAAACGAAGGGUUGAAGACUCCAACCUCGCCGAAACACAAAAUUCCAGUGUCCUUGCCGUAUCCACCUGCACCCAGAAAACCAAAACCUCGUCCAUCCACGAAACGAAAAGGUUGUCACCCACGAAUUGUGCUUGAUGUGUCCCAAGAGAUUGAAUCUUUUUUUUCCUCUCAGUUUUCGGUGGAUAUUGGCGCUGCCGGUAAGAAUAAGAAGGUCAAAUUGUUCACAAUUGAUAGCCAGUGACUAUGGGUUGAGCCGUAAAAUCUAAAUUUUACUUCCCCAUUAACUGUUACGUUACAUACCUCUAGCUAAUUAGUUCAUGGGUUUGGGUUGUAGAAUUUUCCUUUUAUAAUCUAAUUAAAUGGUCGC